AUGUUCAACAACAACAACAAUAUAUUCAAUACAGACCUCCCUCCCUCUUCAACUUUUUUCAAUUCUUGUGGCACAUCCACUAAAGGAGGAAAUAUUCUUUUGAGUGGAAUUACAAGUACUUCUAAUAGUUGUUGUAAUUCUUCUUCGUCUUAUUUUCCUUCUUCUUCAUUUCCUUCUUCAUUUACUAAUUUAAAGACCCAAAAUAAACGUCAAAAUUUGUUAAAUGAUGAAAGCGAGAUUGAAAGAAAGCCUACUAUUAACAAUGCAGAAGCAUCAACAAUUAAAUUGGAAUCAACAUCAACCCCUUUACCUAUCAACAAUUCUUAUAACACUUCAGUUGCUUCUUUUGCUGCUGCGGCAUCUUCUCUUUACCAACAACAACAAACAAUUGCUGCAUAUCAACAACAACCUUAUUUAUUGGCAAAUAAUUUUAUGUUGCCAAAUUCUUCCAAUUGGUGUUCAUCUAUUGUUGAACAACAACAAAUGGCUAAUUUUGGUACUUCCCCAACACAACUUCCACCACAUGAUCCAAAUAUUCUAAAUAAUAAUUAUAAUUCUACAAGUUUAAUGAAUGUAAAUAAUACAUAUUGUUCCCCAAAUAAUUAUUUUUAUCAACCAACAUUUCCACAGCUUUAUUCAGCUUCAAUGAUGCCUCGAUACGGAUUUUUUCCUUCCUUAAAUGGAGGAUUUUCUGAAGUAGAACAACAACAACCCUUCACUUCCCCUCAAUUUUUAAAUUCUAUUAAAAAAGAAAAGGAACAACCAGAAAAGCAAAAAAAUAAGGUAGAACAACCAGUCUUUAAAAUUAUCCUUAAAAAAUUUUUCUUUCAUUUAAAGACAAAAUUAGGAAAGAAAAGCCGUUUAAAUAAUCAAGCAACAACCUCAAGCAUUAAAAAUAAUUUUGCUUCAGAAAAAAUUGGGGAGGAAAGAGUAGUGGGACAAAAUGUGAUCUUACCCGAGGGGGUAGAAAAGAAGAAGAAAAGGAAGAGGAGAGUGCUGUUUUCAAAAGCCCAAACUUUAAUUUUGGAGUCUCGCUUUGCAAUAAAAAAAUAUUUAACUGCACAAGAACGAGAACAACUUGCUAGAGAAAUACAGCUACAACCUACACAAGUUAAAAUAUGGUUUCAAAAUCAUCGUUACAAAACCAAAAAAGGCCCAGAAGAAGGGGAUAACAAAUUAAAUAUGAUGAAUAUUUUAAAUAUCCAACAACAACAAACAAAUAUUCCAACAGACCCAAUAGAUCCAAUAAAUGCAAAUUCUUCCACAUAUCAAUUAAGAAGAUAUGGAAAUUAUUCAGAAAAUGAGGAAAGAAUUGAAAGAAAUAAUGAAGAAAUUUUAAAUAUUGGAAUGAAUUUUAAUAAUUAUUUUAAUGAAUGGGGAAACGAUGGAAAUUAG